AUGUCAAAAUUAUAUUCUCUUUUCUUCUUAUUUUUCAAUUUAUUCUCCAUUAUUCAUGCCUCUGAAAUUGUUUGCCCAUCCGGCUUCCAACUAAUAAAUCAAAAUAAAUGUCUGAAAUUAUUUCCAACUAAUUUGAAACAUUUGGAAGCAGAACUCACUUGUACUAGCUGUGGAGGUACUCUGGUCAAUAUCAAUAAUGCGAUUGACAACCGCGCCGUGUCUAACCUAGUUGCUAGCACCAGCGCUACCAGUAUUUGGAUCGGCACCUUCUGUUUUUCAAGUCGUGAUAUUUCCACGUGCUAUAAUGAUAACGGCUCUGGAAAUUUGACCUACACAAAUUUUGCUGCAGGAUACCCAAAUGUCGGUGAAGGAUACGGUGGAUGUGUCAGUAUGCAGACAUCCGGACCGACAGCUGGAAAAUGGAUAAGUGCUCCUUGUGAGGUUGCCGGGAUGCCGUUUGUGUGUGAAGUUCCAGCCACGGUGGCGGACCCGACCUGCACCCAUAACUACAACGGCUACUGCUACACCCCAUCCCACGAAAUGCCCGGAUCCUCUCCAUCCGCCUCAUUUUUCGACGCAGAGAAGAUCUGUUUCAAUGGAGGUUCCAAAAUGGUGUCAAUCCAUUCAAAACGCGAAAUCGACUACAUCCGUGAGAUCUACAAAGAUUCGGAAGUCACCAAUCAAAUCACGCUGGGCGCUUUUUCCUACGACUCGGAUGUGUUCAAGUGGGUCGAUAGUUCACGCUGGAAUUUCGAUUAUUUCGAUCCGUUGGAUAUGUCAUUUGGAGAUUGUUUAGGGAUGGAUUUGUCGGAGGAGCCUAAUAGUGGGAUGUGGACUAGAGUCAAUUGUUCGACGUCUAAUUACUUUUUGUGCAAGAGAAAAAUUGCAAGUACCACCAGUACUGUAAUGACAAAGGAAGCAGAAAAUCUUCAAGUUCUACCCCAACCGGACCCCUUCGACUUCUCUCACUGCAACACCACUCUCUACCUAGCUCCUGGCCAAAUCACGUCCCUUGGCUACCCGAUAUCCCAGCCACCUGCGGCAUACUGUACCUGGAAACUUGCAACAGUUGGUGCCUACCGUCUUGGAAUAUACUUUACUGAUAUCUCGGUUGCCAAGAGUGUUUAUAUUUAUGAUGAGUAUGGAAACUUACUGGCGGAUCCAUCUGGAAAUUUGUCGCCGUUUAAAGUGCUGGCACCCACAAAUAUUAUGACAAUUACUCAUGACGGGUCCAGUGGUGAUCAUGGUUUUAGUGCCACGUUUUUGUCUUAUUAA